ACGGAGAUCCGUCAGACACGACGGAUUAACAAUUAAGCCCCGGAUCGGGUGGGGACAGCCUGGCAACGAGUCGAACGAACGGGCAAAUUAUCUCUCAUUCUCGUUCUCGGGCAUACUUCCAUUGCAGGCCAUCAUCGCAUCGGCAUCACCUUCACAACCGGUGUAUAGCUAUGCUGAUCGGACGAAGAAGGGCAACAGCAUAGAACAGCAAUUGGUUCGCGUACGGGGGUUCGUUCGUGGCGAUAGCUUUUCGCAAGUGUUGUAUAGCAAAUUAACGCACCAAAAGUCGCGCCCGAUGCGAUAAGCAGCGGCGGUGGUGGUUGUGUUCGCGCUCUAGUAUCCGUAUCAGUAUUUCGGCGGUGGUUUAGCAGACGCAUCGGAACAGAUCACAGUAUUCGGUGUUGGUGGAUUAUUCUCUGAUUAUACAGUGGCCAGCUGCCAGACCUGAAUUCAGACAGAUUUUGUGCCAACAUUAGUAGCUGCUUGUUUUGGAGAGAACCAUGACGCGAACAAGAAAUGUACCAUCGAAAUCAUACGAAGCUUGUGAGGACAAGCGGUCGGAGCAGAGAUUGUUGCACAAAUGGACCCGCUACUCCAGUUCCAAACUCGAAGAAGUGGAAGAAACGCUGCUGUCAGCUCUUCGAAAACCCUUUGAAAGUAUCUUUGUCGAAGUAGGUCAGUGUGUCGGGACGAACGAUAAGAUACGGACGGUGGCACUGAACCGGGAAUCCGAAAAUAUUCCCGUCCUGUUGCUCCACGGUCUCGGGGCCGGUGUUGGACUGUGGGUGUUAAAUCUGGAUGCGAUUGCAGACCAUCGGCCAAUGUAUGCCAUCGAUAUACUGGGCUUUGGGCGAAGCUCCCAUCCGAAGUAUGAUGCCGAUCCGAUCGCGGCAGAACGACAAUUUGUCGCAUCAAUCGAAGCUUGGCGUGUGGCGAUGGGUUUGGAGCGAAUGUAUAUCCUGGGUCAUUCGAUGGGUGGUUACCUGGCCUGCAGUUACGCCAUCACACAUCCACAGCGAGUGGCCGGUUUGAUUUUAGCCGAUCCUUGGGGUUUCAUGGAAACACCACCGAGAAUUAAGCGAAAAUAUUGGAUAAGAAUUCUCUAUCGGACGGCACGGAAGAUGAAUUUUUACCCAUUGACGGUUGUACGUAUGGCCGGUCCGACUGCGGCUUGGCUUUUGAGUCGUCGGCGGACAGAUAUUACUUCGCGGUUCGAAGGAAUCGUACCGGACGAACGGAUUGUGGCGGACUAUCUCCAUCUCGUCAACGCACAGAAACCUUCCGGUGAAAGUGGUUUCUGUGCGAUACAGAAAAACUUUGGUUGGCCAAUCAACCCGAUGUUGAAGCGAAUCGACCAAAUCGAUCCCACCAUACCCAUGACAUUCAUUUACGGAUCCGAAUCUUGGAUUGAUUUUGAAGCAGGUGAAGUGACGAAGGAGAAGCGUGCCGGUUGUUUCGUAAAAGUCAAGAUAAUCGAUAAUGCUAGUCAUCAUUUGUAUGCGGACUUUCCGGAUAUUUUCAACCAGCAUGUCAACGAAGCUUGCUUCACGUACGACAAACGUAUCAACGCACAAAGCAAAGUGACCGAGCUUGUGGCGGAGGAGUGAACUAGUAUCCCCGCCUCCGCAUCUCCCUUCCCUCCCAGUCGAGUUCCAUGCCUGUGUAGAUUUUAGAGCGACGAAAUAUGCCAUCACUUGAAAAGAAUGCCUCGAAAUAAUGUACCUUUCUACUGCCAGCUAACGCAAACGGACAGCUGGAGAACUGCACACACUAGUACGAGCGAUAGUUACCUUACGAAACCCAAGUGAAACACACCAUAAAACGCUCUCCUAUUAUAUACUCCACGUGUUUAAGCAAAAACAGUAUUUUGUUCUAUAGAACGAGAGUGUGAUGAAGUAGCGACAGCGAAAAAAGCUAGAGAAGUCAACAAAUACGAAGAGCGUCCAUCUGUGUUUUUUGCAAACAGACAGAAGCACAAAAAACAAGAACGGCACACACAAUAUUUUAUAAGCCACGCUUCCAAUGAUGUCAGGUUUUUGAUUCCCAUGUUCCGAGAAGCGAGGACCCCCGACGAUAAACAUAGUUACAACAAAGCCUGUGUGCACCUGUGGCGUGCACCCUUCCAGAAUUGGAUUCAUCCCAGAUGAAGUGAUAACAUUAGUGAAACGUUGUUUUAGUACAAUCUUUUGAAGAGAAUGCAUUUUAUAUAAUCUCUGCCCAGCAGCAGUUUUGUUAACCAUACGGCGUGUGUAAUUUUGUGUUUUUGUUUUCUUUUUACGAACUAGAUUUUACCUACGGGUUUGAGCGAUAAUGACUAGCGUCUUACAAAACGGAAGUAAUAAAGUUGGCAAACAUCAGUAUAACGAAACAAUUGCGACUAUGCUUUUCUGUGCAACGUUGUGAUUUGGUAACAAAACGUGAUCAAGUGCGACGUAUUGUCUCAACGUAUUGUUCC